AUGAAUACUGUUACUUCUAAAUCUUUAGAAACACAGUUAGCUUUACAACAGCUCACACGACUGAAAAAUAGUAAAAAGAAAAGGAGAACAGAGACAGAAAAAAUAACAAAAACAAAAAAAAUUGAAAAGAAAGAAGAAAGUAAAUCUGAUAGCAUUAUUAAUGUUUUAGUAAAGGAUUGGGAUGAUGAAGAAACUUCAGAAACAGACAAGUCUGCUAAAUUGCUUAAAGAGACUGACUCCCUUUUGAAGUCCUCUGAUGAACUUAAGGAAGUCCAAAUAGCAGUAACAACUAAGGAAGAAUUGAUAAGAACUUCCAUUGAUUCUGCGACAAGUGAAGAUCACAGCCAAAAAUCUAAUAAGAGUGGAGAUGAAGGUCAACCACAAAGAAGAUUAGGGAGAAUCAUUAAAAAAAAGGUAAUUUUUGAUCCAGAUAAUCCUGACACAUUUACAAAAAGUAAAGCUGUCAGUAAGAAUAAGGAAAUAAACACUGAAAAAGAGUCUCCACCAUAUAAGAAAGGAAAGACUGAUUUAACUAUAGUGAGAUCGAAGUCAAAGUCUCCUAUAUCUAAGUUGCAAUGGAAGAAGCCAUCACCAAAAAAUGUAAAGCAAAAUAAAAGGUUAUCAGAGGUUGAUAGGCUUCUGAUGGAUGAAGGUGCUGUCAAUAUGAUAUACCAGCUAACUCCAGAAGCUCCAAAGGGUAAGAAGAAUGUAAGAACCAAAGCAGAAUUUAUUAAAAAGAUUCAAAGCUCUACUCCUGAAAGCAAAGAAAUGAAGUUCCGGGAACGAAAGAAAGAUUCAUCUAAAUAUGAAGAUGGAGAGGCAAAAAAGAUUUUAAGUGGAAAGCACAGAGCAUCUUUAAGCAGUUCUGUAAAGUCUCCAUCUGUUUGUGAGGAUUUUGAGACUCAUAGUGCAGAUGAUUCAAUUAUAUAUCGACGACAUUCAUCUAGUUCCUAUUCCAGCACUUGUAUGAGUCCUAGGCGGCUUAGUGAUGUAGAUUCAGGUGGCACACAAAACACUGCAAGGACUUCAAUAAUAGUAGAAAAGGGAAACAAAACUUCAGAUGAUAAUAAAAAACAAACAUCAGACACAUUUAUGGCCGAUCCUAUAAAUAUAACUAACAGUGAAAUUAUUAAUAGGGAUGAUUGCUUAUCUAUUAAGGAAAAGCUUAACUCAAAAUUAUCCCUUGCCUUGAAUAAACGAAAACGAGAAAACAGCAAAAAUGAUAAGCCACCAAAGCAAAAGAAGAAAGGACCUAGAUAUAACAUUGAGGUUCUUAAGGAAUUUGAACAAGCCCUAAUAUAUGUUGAUGGAAGAAAAGACAUAUCAGUAACAUUGGUUACAUCUCAAUGUGGCACGUUGUGCUCGUCAUUAGACUUUAGACCUCUAUUGGAAGAUGAUGAGAAAAAGAGGGCUACAAAUGCAUUUGAAAUUGCUGAUUCAGUAAGGUCUCUGCUUGGUACUGUGGAGCAACACAGCAAGCUGCUGUGUGCGGGCGUGUGGGGCGCGUGCUCGGGCGUGGCCCUGGCGCUGGUGGCGCGCAGCGACGUUGCGCUGGCGGCCGAGGGCGCCACCUUCGCGCUGGCCGCCGAGCCGUGCCGCGCGAUGCAGCCUGGCCUCGCCGCCAUCACGCCGCCCUGUAGCAUGCUGCCGCACUCACUGAUAAACGAUCUGGUUGUGUUUGGGCGGCGGAUUACCGCUUCAGAAGCUCAGCAAGGGGGACUGCUGAGCCGCUGCUUGUGGCCUGACCGCGUCCCGGAACAAUUGCGAGCCAUCGCCAAAAACAUCGCCGCGCAACCGCAGCCGAACAUUUUGUUGAAGAAGCAGUUGCUGGGUAUCAGAAAGAGUGAUGAAUUCCUGUCGACAUUCCUGUCUUGUCUCGAGACUGAGCGAGAUUUGUUAGUCGACUAUUGGACUUCUGUAGAAGGCCAGGAGUUGCUUCGAGCUGAUCAAGACCCCGUAUAA